GUGCCGAGGACUAUUUUUGCAGAUUCCAGUAUAAGCAUGAAACUGGAGACUUCAGUCCGGACCGUGUUCCUGUGUAUUGCAUAUGUGAGAUGCCACGCAACCCGGAUCGCCCUAUGAUCCAAUGCCGGGAGUGUCAUGACAGGUAUCAUCUAGAAUGUUUGGGAAUGACGAUUGAAGAAGCCAAUGGAUUGAACUAUGUUUGCUCUGAAUGUUCCUCUGCCAAAGAAUGUGUUUCCAGCAUCACCAACAGCUGAUCGAUGUCAAGGUGAGGUUUCUUCAAAGAAUGUGUUCCUCGUGACUUGCUGACAUUCUUCUAAUGUGUCACUCUUGCAUGUUCUUAGUGCGUGCUAAUUUGUGGCCGCACGUUGAUGUUUCCCCAAGAACAUCUUCUCCUUCUGCAUUUCUUAUGUUACAUUCAACUUUGAGAUCAUUCCUUGAUUUCAUGUUUCCUGGACUGUGUGUUCCC